CUCUCUUUCUCUCUCUCCUAAGAUUCUGUCUAACGUUUCUAGUGCUUUCUUUCUUUGCCUAGAAAAAAAGUGACUGAAGCCCAACUUGCUCUCCACACUCCUCUCUGUCUGUGCAUAGUUAAAGCGGCAUCAAAAGGACGCCGAGUCUUAGCCUGUUCGAUCUUAAAGACUACUAUACGAUGGCUGAUGGAGAGGAUAUUCAACCACUUGUAGUGGACAAUGGAACUGGAAUGGUCAAGGCUGGCUUUGCGGGUGAUGAUGCUCCUAGGGCAGUAUUUCCUAGUAUAGUUGGCCGGCCUCGGCACACAGGUGUCAUGGUUGGGAUGGGCCAGAAAGAUGCUUAUGUUGGAGACGAGGCCCAAUCCAAGAGAGGUAUCCUGACCUUGAAGUACCCCAUUGAGCAUGGUAUAGUCAGCAACUGGGAUGACAUGGAGAAAAUUUGGCAUCACACAUUCUACAAUGAGCUUCGUGUUGCUCCAGAGGAGCAUCCAGUGCUUCUCACAGAGGCACCCCUCAACCCCAAGGCAAACAGAGAAAAGAUGACUCAAAUUAUGUUUGAAACUUUCAAUGUGCCAGCCAUGUAUGUUGCCAUCCAGGCCGUUCUUUCUCUCUAUGCCAGUGGUCGUACAACUGGUAUAGUGCUUGAUUCUGGUGAUGGUGUGAGCCACACGGUUCCAAUUUAUGAGGGUUAUGCUCUUCCACAUGCCAUCCUUCGUCUGGAUCUUGCUGGUCGAGAUCUCACAGAUAACCUUAUGAAGAUUCUCACUGAGAGAGGCUACAUGUUCACCACAACUGCAGAACGGGAAAUUGUUCGUGAUAUGAAGGAGAAGCUUGCUUAUGUUGCUCUGGAUUUCGAACAGGAGUUGGAGACUGCAAAGAACAGCUCGUCAAUUGAGAAGAGCUAUGAGCUGCCUGACGGACAAGUCAUCACUAUUGGAGCUGAGAGGUUCCGUUGUCCAGAGGUCCUCUUCCAGCCAUCAUUGAUUGGAAUGGAAGCUGCAGGAAUACAUGAGACGACCUACAACUCGAUCAUGAAGUGUGAUGUAGAUAUCAGGAAGGAUUUAUAUGGCAACAUUGUGCUCAGUGGUGGCUCAACAAUGUUCCCUGGUAUUGCUGAUCGUAUGAGUAAGGAAAUCACAGCUCUUGCUCCAAGCAGCAUGAAGAUAAAGGUCGUGGCACCGCCAGAGAGAAAGUACAGCGUCUGGAUUGGAGGGUCCAUCCUAGCAUCGCUCAGUACCUUCCAACAGAUGUGGAUCUCAAAGGCUGAGUACGACGAAUCGGGGCCUGCAAUUGUUCACAGGAAGUGCUUCUGAGUUUGUUUGGGUUAGGGCAUUUCUGCUCUGGUCAUAUGCCUUGUAUAAUAAGAAGUUUGGGCUGCAGUGUGGCUGCGGGCUUGAAUUAGAAUAAGAAAAAUCAAAAAAAAAGAUUUUGUAAGGUCUUUUUCCUCCUCCUAUCAUUUGUACUAUCUAUAUGUGUUUUUACAUGCGAGUAGCUUUGCAUGGUUAUGCUCUGUAUUCUAUUUGGGUGAAGCAUUGGACUGUUACAUAGCUUGGUAAACUGGUUUAAAAAUGGAAUAUAUUAUGGUCUUUGAUGCGUUUAUUGAAAUGAGAUUCUUACAGAGCAACGAUGCCCUACACCAACGACUCCAUAACAGAAUGAACUGAGACAGUAUUUGUUUUUGAGAUAUACUUGUACAAAUUAGGUUAUGAUUUAUUAGAUCCUUGUAUUAUAUCUUGAAUUUAAUGAAAUAAGAUGAACUAAGACGG